AUGGAUCUUGAGAAGUUUCUUUACCAUAUUCCCCGACACUUUAAGCUGGACGAUCUCAUGGCCGGAACUAACAAUUUCAGUGAAACUCUAAAGCUUGGGCAAGGAGGAUUCGGAGGAGUAUACAAAUGCAAUCUUGCUCAAACAAAUGAGAUUGUGGCUGUGAAACGUAUCUCAGAAGGUUCAAAGCAGGGGAUUAAGGAAUUCAUUUCAGAAGUGAGUAUAGCUAGUCGUUUGAGACACCGGAAUCUUGUUCAACUCUUGGGUUGGUGUCAUGAGUUAGAUCAGUUGUUUUUGGUUUAUGAAUAUAUGUUUAAUGGAAGCCUGGACAGACGUAUCUUCACCAAAGGAAGAAGAGAAGAAGAGUCUCAAGUACUGCAGUGGAGUACCAGGUAUAAAAUAGUUAGUGAAAUAGCAAAUGCAUUGUUGUAUCUUCAUGAAGAGUGGGAUGAAUGUGUUGUGCACAGAGAUGUGAAAUCCAGUAAUAUUUUGCUGGAUAGAAAUUUCGGUGCAAAGAUUGGAGAUUUCGGCUUAGCACGCAUGGUGAAGCAUGAGCGUCUAGCUCAGACCACCCAAGCUGCAGGGACAUUGGGAUAUUUGGCCCCUGAAUGUGUAGCGUCGGGAAAAACUGGUCCCGAAUCUGAUGUUUAUAGCUUUGGAGCAGUGGCUCUCGAAAUAGCCUGUGGCAAGAAAGCAAUAGAUGUAAGCUUGGUAGAGUUCGACAUGCGGCUUGUAGCGUGGGCAUGGGAUCUGUAUAGCCGAGGAAGACUAUUGGAGGGUGCAGAUGUGAGAUUAAAUGGAGAGUUUGAGGAGAAAGAAAUGGAACGAUUGAUGGUGGUGGGGCUGUGA